CAAAUGUUUCUCGAUGCACUUUAUCCAAAACUGUUAUCUCAACGAUGUAUGAUAAUCAGUAUAUAUGUUUCGUAACGAUAGAUACUAGUAGCCCUCUCUACAGUAAACUUAGAUAAUCUCAUAAUAAUGUUAUUAAUUUAUUUGUCAGUGCAACAUUUUUUUUGGUUUCUGUGUUUAUUUUAAGUAUUUUCAAGGAUUACCUCUCCACUGUUCCAUACAUUCGGCGAUGAUGUAUUGAUUUAUUCCAGUGUACUUAAUACCAAAGAUACAUUGAUUCGAGCUUUCAGGACUGAGCGAACUAAAACCUCAUAAAAAUAUCUGAGGAGACAAAGAAGAUGGAACCAUCCCGCAGAAAUAUUUUUUGGUCAUCAAUGAUCUCUGGAGCUGCCGCUGGACUAGCUUAUGACGUAAUAUUUUUCCCGAUGGAAACAGUCAAAACGCGGUUGCAGAGCAAACAAGGGUUCAUAAACUCUGGAGGGUUUAAGAAACUUUACCGCGGUCUCGGACCAGCGAUCGCUGGAUCCGCUCCUUCAGCUUCGUUGUUUUUCGCGACUUACGACGGAUUCAAGGAAAUCGUUCAACCGUAUGUUGAACCAAAGAAUUAUCCGUUUGUUCAUAUGGGAGGAGCCUGCGCUGCCGAAUUGAUGGCCUGUCUUAUUAAAGUACCUGUUGAAGUAUUGAAGCAACGUCGGCAAGCACUUUUAACUGACGCUCAUCCGGCAAUUCUCGGCAUAAGAACUCUGUACCGCGGGUAUGGUAUUACUCUGCUCCGUGAUCUACCAUUUGGGAUAUUUCAAAUGCCUUUAUGGGAUUUUCUUAAAUUAUCGUGGAAAAAUAAAAUGCAGCGGGAUUGCACGCCACUUGAAGGAGCCAUCGCAGGCGCAUUUGCUGGCUCCACUUCAGCAGCACUAACUACACCGUUUGACGUCAUAAAAACAAGAAUAAUGUUGAGUCACAUUUCGCAGAAAAGAGUUAAAAUUUCAGACACCAUGAGAGAGGUUUACAAAGAGAGAGGAAUUAAAGGACUAUUCACCGGCAUUUCAUUGAGGACUUUUGGGUUUGGUCUCAGUAGCCUAAUAUUCUUCGGAGUUUACGAACAAACAAAGUAUUUAUGCUCGAUAUAUUUGUUCCGUGAAUCACCGAGGUUGUGAUAGGAUUUAAAUAAAAGUAUUGGUUGGUUUUAAUGCAUUAUGUAAAUACUUUAGUGAUAAACAUCAGAAUAAACUAAUUGAUGAGUAAUUUU